UUUGAGCCGCACAACCGCAAAAUGGAAGCACAAAUGAAAAGACCAAGGACAUGGCGCAAGCUGGUGAAGAAGCUCCAAAGAAAAAAGAGACGGCAAAAACUAGCACGCGACAGAGACAAGAAGCUGGAGGAGGAGGAAUUACAAAAACAAAACGAUCCCUCCUAUAAACAAUGGCUAGAGCAUCAGGAGCACAUGGAAGAACGGCAAAGAAUUGCCUAUGAAAAAGAGCAACAAGAAAAUGAAGAACAAUGGUUGCGGCGAGAAUUGUUGGCUCAAAAGCAAUUCCAACGUGAACAACAAAUGCGUUUAGCUGAGGAAAAAGCACAAGAAGAACUAAGAGAACAGCAGUACAAGAAACUCAAAGAGCUUGAAGAAGCUAAAAAACGCCAACAAGAGGAAAGGCAAAGAAAGGCUAAGGAAGCCGCUAAGGAGUUGGAGGAAACCAUAAAGAUUUGCGAUGAAUAUCUACAAGAUCCUGGCAUGGCAACUCCCACACGUAUGCAGGGAUAUAUAGAGACACGUCCUGGUGAAAAACAAUGCGAGUUCUAUAAGAAGACGCAAUGUUGUCGCUUUGGCUACCAUUGCAGUCACAGUCAUACAAGGCCACUGUUGUCCAAUAUAAUUUUGAUAAGGAAUUUCUUCCAGCAUCGCUUGCUAGACCAACAGCAGCAUGAAGAAUACAGCUCUGCCGAAGAGCAACUAGAAAUGGGCGAAGGAGAUUUAAGAAGCGAUUAUGAUGAAUUCUGCGCAGAUGUUUGGCCCGAACUGGAACAGUUUGGAGAAAUUGUUAAUUUUCGAACGGCACGUAAUGUACAACCGCAUGCCAGGGGCACAGUAUUUGUGGAGUAUAAAGACAAAAGAUCUGCUUUGAAAGCCUUUAUAAACUUGCAAAGUCGUUAUUAUGCUGCCAAACGUUUAAAUGUCGAAUUUGCCCAUAUAACUCAUUGGCGUACAGCGGUCUGUGGUUUUUCUUUAGCUCGUAAUUGUCCCAAAGGUGCAUAUUGUAACUAUUUGCAUAUCUUACAAAAUCCAGAUAAUAAAUAUAAUACACCAUAUGGGUCACUGGAUAGAAGUCAAAGAAGUUCAACACGCGGUACAAGCACAAGGUUACAAACUCCAAUUAUAAGUUGGAAUAGUGUAUCCAGAGAAGAUGCCGCCACACCUAGCCAAAGACGCAAUUGGCGUUGGUCCGAGAGUCCAGAAACUGAAAAUGCAACCGAAAAAACACCUACGGUACAAAAUACAACUAAUUCAAAUAAAAAGGUCUUAGUUGGGAUUCCAGACGCGCUGGAUACAUCUCACAAAUCUCCUAACAGCAAGAAACCCAGUCCCAGUUCUAGAUAUAAAAGAAAAUCAAGAUCGCGCAGUCGAGAAAGUCACACAUCUCAGAAAUCAGGAAAAGAGAAAAGCAACAAAUGGGAUCGUAAAGAGAACAAUGACCAUAAGCCAUCUUCACAACGAAACUCACCUUGUUCCGAUCGGGCAGAAAUCAUUGUUGUUUCUUCUAGCUCUAGCUCAGACUGUGGGGAUGAAUAUCAUAGUUCCAGUUAUAAAUCAAAAACUUAUAAUGAUUCUGAUCAAAAAAGGCCAAAUCACCAUGAGAGCAGUAAAAAGCAGAAACAUAAGAAGCGUAAAAAAUCAAGAAGCAGAGAUAAGUCUCCACGAAAAAGAAGAAGUCACCAUAGGCAUAAGCAAAAGCAUACAGACAAAAGGAGCUCACCCUGAUGAUGAAUACCAACCAUCAAGAAAGUCAAUAUUUGUGUGAGAGGUGGAAAAUAUGGACAUACAAAGAGAAGAAAAUCAUUGGUAUGAACGUAAAAGUAGUUCACCCUUAAGUGAAAAGAACUGAAGAUGCACAAUUGGUGUAACCAUUAUAUUUUUAUACGCACCCUAUAUGUCUUUGCCAAAGUUAUUGAGUGAAAAUUAGCAUUAUAAUCUUGUAAAACAUUGAGAUUGCAGAAAGAGUUUUAGGAAUGUAAUAUUUUAAAUGAAAUAAAACUUAAAUUUGAAGAGCAUACAAUGAAUCUUAUCCCCAAAA